CGCCGGGUGAUCGGACGGAAUCGGCACACGCGGCUUCUCCGCGAUAAUCUGCACAAUUUAACGCCGAGGACCCGACUGCGACAUGGGCAUCGGCAGCCUGUUCAUCGUGAACAACAAGACGGAGACCCUCUGCGCGGUGAAGCACUGGGGUCCCGCGGUGAACCCCAACGCGGUGUGCGAUAAGGUCUUCGCGGCGCUCAGGGCGAGCGCCAAGGAGAACCUCUUCGCGGACGUGCUCACCACCGAGGGCAAGCAGUACGUGUUUCACAUCACCCGCGGCGAGAUCACCUACGUGGCGACCGCGGAGAACGAGACCGAACCCCUGAUGGUCAUCGAGUUCCUCACGCAGCUCCACGUCGUGUUGAAGGCCUACUUCGGCGACCAGAUCACCGAGACGGUCCUCCAGGAGCACCACGUCACGCUGUACCAGCUCCUCGACGAGAUGCUCGACUCUGGCAUCCCCGUCAACACCCACCCGGGCGGACUCAAGGUGUUGGUGCCCCCGCCCAACAUGCUCAACCGCGCGACGAGCAUGAUCUACGGCCACGCGGGCGUCCUCGUAUCCGACCAGGACCCGAGCAAGCUGUUACCGCUGCCCUGGCGGAGCAACAACAUCAAGUACGCCAGCAACGAGAUCUACGUGGACGUGGUGGAGAUGGUGGACGCGACGCUCGACGCGGAGGGGCGCGUGCUCACGUCCGCCGUGCACGGCACCGUGGAGUGCAACUCACGCCUGAGCGGCAUGCCCGACGUCUCCCUGUCCAUGUCCAACUCGCACCUCAUCGAGGAGUACUCCUUCCACCCAUCCGUGCGACUCAGCCGAUUCGCGGCGGAUCGCGUGGUGUCCUUCGUGCCCGCGGAUGGGCAGUUUUCCCUCAUGCACUACAAGGUGAGACCGCCGCCGUCGAAGAACGACAACGUGUGGCAGCCCAAGUACAUCAAACCCAACGCGUGGCAGCAGAGCAAGAUGCAGAACAUCGGCGGGUCCAUCAACGCGCAGCAGGUUCCGCUGCCGAUUUACGUCAGACCGCAGGCCACCUUCGGGCCCACGCAAGGACGCGUGUCCAUCGUGUGCGGCACCAAGCCGGCCUUCGACGAUAAGACCAAACCGGUGGAGAACGUGUCGCUGGAGGUUCGCCUGCCCUCGCGCGUCAUCUCGGCGGAUCCCUCCGCCACGCACGGCAUGGCGACGUACGACGACGUCGGGCACUACGUGAAGUGGGUCAUCGACAAGUUCCCCGGAGAUAAGACCCCGUGCCUCACCGUGCAGGUGCAGCUCGUGAACAACGCCCCGAAGGACGGGGGUAAGGGCGGCGACGAGGAGGACGGAAACGAGAAGGCGAGGAAGAUGGUGAGCCUGCAGGAGCUGGUUGAGAUUCACGCGCAGUUCGCGGUGCAGGGCGCGGGUGUCUCCGGGAUCAAGGUUGAGUCGCUGCAGGUGAGGAACGAGAAGUACAAGCCGAGCCAGGGGGUGAGGUACCACACCAGGGCGGGACGCGUGGUCGUGAGGACUUGAUCACCGGAUUGUGCGGUGUAUUAUGACUUUUAGGCGUUGUCACGUGGAAUUCGCGCAUC